UGUUUUUCCACUUUAUUUAAAAUAAAUCUACUCCCGCCAUGUGUGCUACAGUCUACUGGAUACUUCUCGUAGCCAGCACAGUCUGGCUCGGCGAAAUCAACUGCUACGACGCCAAAUACGAUAACGUCAACCUGGAUGAAAUCUUCAAGAGCACUCGUCUGCUCAACAAUUAUAUCAACUGUCUGAAGAACGUGGGACCGUGCACUCCGGAUGCCAAGGAACUGAAAGAACUCCUACCGGACGCCCUGGAAAGUGACUGUGCGCACUGUACCGAGAAGCAAAAGAUUGGCGCCGAUCGGGUGAUCCACUUCGUCGUCGACAAACGCCCGGACGAUUUCAAGGUUCUGGAAUCGAUGUACGAUCCGGCGGGAGAGUAUCGACGCAAGUACCUGCGCGAUCACCCAAAGUUUCAUGAGCUAGGUGAAACAGAGGCCGCCGGUGACGCCUCAACGGAAACACCAUCGGCGGACGGCAACGAUCAAGCGAAGACCGAAGAAGCAUAACAAGAUCAAGGGCAAGCGGACGAUGGCCGUUGCUGUUAGAAAUUGAAAUUUCAUCCUUCUAUGUUCGUGAGUGGAUUUGAAUGGCUCCAUCACAAAUUAUGUGUAGUGAAUAAAUAUGUACAACACAGAAACGGAUGCGGUGUUAUUCGUUCAUACGUAUUUAUUUACAUUUUUACUUUACAAUGGAGUUGCAACAGAACAGAACAUGACAGUGAAUUGAAUGGCAAACACUAUGAGAAUAGAUUCGAACGGGGUUGUAAAUAGACUAAUUACCAAGUGAUGGAACAACACGCAUGUGAAACGAUGUCGAAUCAAUCGGGCCAAAGUGAUGUGCAUUUGAAAUGAUUUUACGUGUGUUGCUAUUUCUCCGAUCAGAUAUACUUCCAUCAAAGCUUAGUUUUUGGUGAGAAUGGACUUC